CAUCAAACAUUGGACAACUCCCGAGCAGCCGUUCCAGUGCACAGUAGUAUAGUUUUGUUUUUGAAGAAAAAGCACCCACUUCAAUCAUGCUGAAAUUCGUUUGCUUCAUGGCCUGUAUGGCGGUUGCCGUUUCGGCGUACCGAGUACACGCUCCUCAACAAGAAGAACACCACCAGGAGUUGGAGAAGCACCACAAAAUUGAACAUCACGGAGACCACAUCGAAGUUCCCCACGAUUACUUCGCACACGCCAAGUACAAGUUCGACUACGGAGUAAAGGAUCCCCAUACCGGAGAUCACAAGAGCCACUGGGAAGAACGGGACGGAGAUGUCGUUAAGGGAGCCUACACUCUGUUCGAUUCCGAUGGCAGCACUCGCAUCGUAGAGUACACUGCAGAUCCCGUGCACGGGUUCAAGGCAGUCGUCAAGAGGAUCCAACAUGAACCGUUGGCUCAUCACGAACCGGAAGUGAAGCAUCACCAUGAACACAAGCAUUCGGAAUAGGCGAAUCAUUUCAUACAUUACAGUAUUUCACCUUAUUUAAACUCAUUCCUGAAAGACUUGAUAGGUAAUAAGAAAGUUGUUAAGUUUAUUCUGAAAACAGAUGAAUAUAUUGUUUAUUGAAAAUA